GCAAAUGUGCCACGUGACCGUUUCUGGGAAGUGCGGUAAGCGGGGUCUGCUUUAGCCCUGGCCGAGGUGGAGCGGAGUUGUGGCAAACAUGGCAAAGUCCCAAAUAGGGCAGGAUCCUGACAGCAGAGCUGCAAUCACUGUCCUGAGCCGGGCGGUGGAACUGGAUUCGGAGUCCCGGUACCAGCAGGCCCUAGUGUGUUACCAAGAGGGGAUUGAUCUGCUCCUGCAGGUUCGGAAAGGUACUCAAGACCAUAGUAAGAGAUGUUAUCUCAGAGAAAAAAUUACUUGCUACAUGGAUAGAGCAGAAGACAUAAAGAAAUACUUGGAUCAAGUAAAAGAAGACGGGAAAUACCACAAACAAAUUAAGAUAGAAGAGAAUGCAACAGGUUUCAGUUAUGAGUCACUUUUUAAAGAAUACCUCAGUGGGACAGUCACAGAAGUUUGGAUAGAAGAUCCUUACAUUAGACAAACUCAUCAGCUAUAUAAUUUCCUUCGAUUUUGCGAGAUGCUUAUUAAGAAGCCAUGCAAAGUGAAAACUAUUCACCUUCUCACCUGUCUGGAUAAAGGGCAUGCGAAAAUACAGCAAAGUAGUGGCCUGGAAGAAAUAAAAGAGUCCCUCAGGAAUCAUGGAGUGCUGUUGGAAAUAAAAUAUUCUUCUUCAAUACAUGACCGAGAAAUUAGGUUCAACAAUGGAUGGGUGAUUAAGAUCGGAAGGGGACUUGAUUACUUUAAGAAACCACAGGGUUGUUUUUCCCUUGGAUAUUGUGAUUUUGAUUUAAGGCCAUGUCAUGAAACAACAGUGGACAUUUUUCACAACAAACACACACAAAAAAUGUGAUGGUCAGCAGACUAACUCAUAUUAUUUCUACCUUACAUGCCGUCUCACCCCAUUUUCUAUCGCUGUAACGGAAUACCACACACUGGCUACUAUGAAGACUAGAGGUUGAUUUAACUCACAGUUCUGGAGGCUGGGGAAUCUUAAGAGUACCAUGUUGGUGUCUGGUGCAGGCCUUCUUUCUCCACAGGACAUGACAGACGGCAUCAUGGGAGAGACCGAGCUCGCCAGAGAGAGCUCACUUUUGUAACAAAGGCACCUGUGGGAAGCACAGCCAGUCAUGGCUCAAAUCCCACUUCCUAACACUGCUAUAUUGAGGACCAAGUUUCCAACACAUGAACUUUUUGGAGGACACAUUCAAACCACAGAAGUGAAUACUGGAUGAUUUUUUUAAAAAUUCCAACAUAUUUUUAUAAUGUACACAUCUAACAAUAAACUUUCUACAAAUUUCUGAAGCCA